ACAAGCUGCACGGCCACAACCGCUCAGCGCAGCGGAGCGCUCCCUCCCCUCUCUCCCGCAGCGCUCCGCUCGGCAGCACCGCCGCGGGCCGGCUCUACCUGCCCGAGGUCAGCGCCGCGAGGGGCGGCUCGGCGGGCGGUGGGCGCCUGGGGGGGCGGCCCGGCUUCCAGCCCGGAGCCCGCGGGGCCGCGGUACCUCCUCCUCGCUUCUCCUUGCCCGUCCCUCCUCCGGCUCCACAGGUGCCGCUGCUGCUGCACAGGGGUCGGAGGGCGUUUGUCACCAGUCAGAGCUGGCACGCGUGGCGUCGACGAUACAGAUGGACCCAUCUUUUGCUAAUUCAACGUUCCAGUCCAAAAUAACAGAAGCAGCUGAUAUUGUUGUUGGAACAUGCUAUAUGGUCUUUGGAAUAUGCUCCUUGUGUGGGAACAGUAUUCUCCUAUAUAUCUCCUACAAGAAAAAACAUUUGUUGAAACCAGCAGAAUACUUCAUUAUUAAUCUUGCCAUCAGUGACCUUGCAAUGACACUGACACUGUACCCACUAGCUGUAACCUCCAGCCUUUCGCACAGGUGGUUGUAUGGGAAACACAUUUGCCUGUUCUAUGCAUUCUGUGGGCUAUUCUUUGGGAUCUGCAGUCUCUCAACACUGACAUUACUGAGUGUUGUGUGCUGCCUCAAAAUUUGCUUUCCAGCUUAUGGCAACAGGUUCAGGAGAAAACAUGGACAAAUAUUGAUAGCCUGUGCUUGGACCUAUGCAGCAAUAUUUGCCUGUUCACCCCUUGCUCACUGGGGAGAAUAUGGAGAGGAGCCCUAUGGCACAGCUUGCUGCAUUGACUGGCAAUCCACCAACGUAGACGUCAUGUCCAUGUCUUACACUGUCGUUCUCUUUGUUCUCUGUUUUAUUCUCCCCUGUGGAGUAAUUGUCACUUCCUACUCACUUAUUCUGGUAACUGUGAAAGAAUCCAGGAAAGCUGUGGAGCAGCAUGUCUCUGGUCCCACCAGGAUAAACAACGUGCAAACCAUUACUGCCAAGCUGAGUAUUGCUGUGUGCAUUGGAUUUUUUGCUGCUUGGAGCCCUUACGCCAUCAUUGCCAUGUGGGCAGCUUUUGGAUCGAUAGAUAAGAUUCCUCCUUUAGCCUUUGCUAUUCCAGCUGUCUUCGCAAAAUCCUCCACUCUCUACAAUCCCAUUAUCCAUCUUCUUCUGAAGCCUAAUUUCCGAAGUAACAUUGCCAAAGAUUUCACAGUCCUUCAACAGUUAUGUGUCAGGUGUUGUUUUUGUGUCAAGGAGCUGCAGACCUACAGAUCAACUUUCAACACUGGCUUGAGAACAUUUAAGGGCAAAAAUGAAUCCAGCUGUAAUGCUCUUCCGAUUACGGAAGGAUGUUCUUAUUUUCCCUCUGAAAAGGGCAGUCAUACUUUUGAAUGCUUUAAAAGCUAUCCAAACUGCUUCCAGGAGAGGUUAAGCACUAUGGGAUGCCACCUUCAAGACUGUGAGUCUUUGGAAAAUGACCUCCAAGUAGAAGUGACACAGGGCAGUAGGAAUUCAAUGAAGGUUGUUGAACAGGAAGAAAAAAGCACUGAACUUGAUAACUUGGAAAUCACCUUGGAAGCAGUACCUGUGAGCUGUACAUUUACAGACCUUUAGAGCUGCUUAUAUGAAACAAUCUGGCAAUGAUGUUGUUAUACUGGAAUUAUGAAUGUAACUUCUUUUGAAAAGCCCUUCUAUUAUCCCAUUUUCUACGCUAUCUUCCUCCUCUUUCUCUUGCACUCUUUGAUGGGACACAUUCUACAGCAUGGACGUUCUAUAAAUGUUGUGUGACUCUUGCCAUGCUGACUUAAGUGUAUUGUGAUAAAUAUGUUCACAGCAAGAACUACAUCGGAUAAAGCCUUUCUGUGCGUUGCAACCUCUGUGUACUCCAUUUUCAAGAGAACACACUAAAUAUUGAGAGGUUUUCUGUGGAGUUAUUAUCCUUUCUAGACCUUGUGUAUUUUAUAUCCUGUAUGUUUAGAACAAAUAAUUCAAUGUAGAGUUUUAAAAGAAUGAUAUCAUGGUGUUUUACUUGUUAUAACAAACAACUGAAACAGUAAUUAUCAACUGAAAUGCCUCGUUUCCAAGAAGGGAUGCCAAAUGACCACAUCUUGUGUUUCCUGAGAGUCACAGGCUGCUUAGGGAUGAACGGGCAGGUUCUGACCACAUUCCACAUGAAUGAAAUCACAGUAUAUCUGGUAAUUUGGUGGUUGUUUUUUGCCUUUUUGGUGUAAUUUGAGAGGAAGUUGCUGUAAAACAUUAUUUAUUAUGCCCAGUUUUCUCUAUUGGACAUCAGCAUUAGGAUAGCAAAGACCUGGUCCAGAAAUAACGUAACGGGCAAGAAUCUUGACUAGUGCAGGGGUUUACAAGGCAUUACAGAAAAGACAUCCUCUAUGGUCAAAAAUACUGUCUCUUCAAGGACCAAGAAGGAGCAAUCAGAAAGGGCAGAAGGAGUUUGAAUGCUUAGAAAGUCCUUUCAGUGUGUGAUUUCUCCAAGGCUUCCUAAGAUACAUGGACCCGAGUGGGAACCUAUUCCUGCAGGAAUUCGUGCGCCAUCAAUGCAACUUGUCUCUGACCUCAGUGACGUAGGAUCCAGCUUUCAGAACUUCAGGCCAUGCUAAAAUUUUCCAGUGGUGAAUCAGUGCAAAACAGGACUGGAAGUGAUGUUCAAAGGUAAUUUGGUCCUUCCUGUACGGAGUCCCAUUGACGUCAGUGCACAGAGUUGGAUAUGUGAAUAAGUCUCUGGAGGAUUCACCAACACAGUCACAUGUUUGGAGACUUAAACUGAUGUGUCAUUGCAAAGCCUAAAAAUGUCACUCUAUCUAAAGGCAAAAAAACCCCACAAUAGUCUGUACUGUGCAGAGGGACUGUGUGCUUGGAUUCUAUACAGAUGUUUGAAAUCCCAGCUGUAAUAUGCAGCUGUUUAAAACAAUCAGAAAUAAAUGGACAUUUUUUGUGCUGUGUUUGCUCUUUG